AUGUGGUGCCAAGGUGACGUCCCGCAAGAUUUCAAAGACGCAACAAUCGUGCAUCUCUACAAGCGCAAAGGGAAUCGCCAAGUCUGCGACAAUCACCGCGGCAUCUCCCUGCUGAAUAUCGCCGAGAAGAUCUUCGCCCGCAUCCUUCUCAACCGCCUCAAUAACCAUCUGGAACAUGGCCUUCUGCCGGAAAGUCAAUGCGGCUUCCGUCGUCAUCGUAGGACCACGUAUAUGAUUUUCGCCGCCCGAAAAACUUCAGGAGAAGUGUCAAGAGAUGAGGACCCACCUGUACUCUACCUUCGUGGACCUGACGAAAGCUUUCGACACGGUGAAUCGUGA